AUGGAAACUCCCACCCAUGCUCUCUCAGUCAACAUCUACGGCCGCGGCGAUGCCACACUCGGCGACGGCCCGUCACACAUAGGCAUCGCUGUUUACGAGGUCGGAGCCCGCACCUGCGAAAUACACCACAUCCGCAACCCCAACGAUACAGACUUCAUCUACGACCCGCGCACCCAACCACUACAGGACGACUCCGUACUACGCGGCCGAUGCGAACUCACUGCAUUUAGAUCUGUCGAACAAAAGGACCACGCAGCACGCCUCCUGUCAAACUUUGGCCGGAACGACACCAACAUCCCUGAAUUCGGGGUUGGCAAUUGCCAAGAUUGGGUAGCGAAGGCCAUUCAGAUGUUAGAAAAAGCAGGCGUAGUGCCAUCCGGAGAAGGGCAAUUCUGGGAUGACAUGAUCAAUUUAAGUACCGAGGCUAUGCAGGAUCGGUGUGUACGGAGUGGGAGGACGUGGAUUCCAGGCCCGGAACAGGUGUUCGAGGGCGAAGCUGAUGCUCGGUUUGUAGAUAAGGGUGAUGUAAAGCCUGUGGGGAAGCUGAUGCAGAAUCCUGCGUUGAGGGAACGGAUGUUGGCGCUUGCGGGGGGAUUCCUGUUAGUGAUUCUGUGA